AUGCCCGCCUUUGUUACCGUCGCCUACCCCCGCCCGAGCGGGGAGUUCAAGUUCGACCUCGACUACUACCUCAAAUCACACAUGCCCUUAGUGGCAAAGACUUGGGAACCUAAGGGUCUGAAGGCUUGGACAGUCACACAGCACUCCGAGGGUCCUUAUGUCAUCCAAGCUAUUCUGGAGUGGACCAGCAUUGAGGCUUUCGAUGCGGCUGCCCAGACUAAUGGCGGCCCGGAGGUGUUUGCUGAUGUCCUCAACUUCACUGACAUCACCCCUAUUCCCAUCAAGGGUGAAGUCAAGGGCUCUUGGUCAUCUUAA